CCAUCCCAAAUAUCACAAGUACGGACAGAGCGGAUUUACGUGUAGAUUACGGUCAACACCCCUACAAAAACCCCUCUCUCGGCCUCGAUCAUUUGUUCUUUUCUUAUACACACGCAAAGACCGGACUAGACUUCUGAUUUGAGAUGGCGGAGCAGCUCACGGAGGAGCAGAUCGCAGAGUUCAAAGAAGCUUUCAGCCUCUUCGAUAAGGAUGGCGAUGGCUGCAUUACAACAAAAGAGUUGGGAACAGUCAUGAGAUCUUUGGGGCAAAAUCCUACUGAAGCUGAACUGCAGGAUAUGAUCAGUGAAGUUGAUGCUGAUCAAAAUGGCACCAUUGAUUUCGCUGAGUUUCUAAAUUUGAUGGCACGGAAAAUGAAGGAUACUGAUUCUGAGGAAGAACUCAAAGAGGCUUUCAAGGUGUUCGAUAAGGAUCAGAAUGGCUAUAUUUCUGCUGCAGAGCUUCGACAUGUAAUGACAAAUCUUGGAGAAAAGCUGACAGAUGAAGAAGUGGAUGAGAUGAUACGCGAAGCAGAUACAGACGGUGAUGGUCAGGUGAACUACGAGGAAUUUGUGAGGAUGAUGCUUGCAAAGUGAUAUGAGACAAGGUACGGAUAUGAGAAACAAGUAGUUAAUGUAGGGCUACUGGUGGUAUCUUGCGUAAGACUUUGUUGUAUUGGCCAUAAAGUAGUCGUUGGCAUUGACGCGGAUUGGUCAACCGUUAUUGCUUGAUUGAAUGUUUGUUUUUCUAAUAUGAUUGUAUCCGUUCACUC